CAAACAAACAUGAGAUGAGAGCGGUAAAUUAAGAGAGAGAUUCAUAAAAGCUUGGAAGCCGCAUUGAAACGUUAAUGCAAUAAAUGGAGAAUUUGAAGUUUGAAGUUCAUUUAAGACUAAACCCCAAGGACCUCACCCUUCACGUUUAUGUCAGCCCUUCUUCCGGAUCGCUUUGUAUUUCGAAUUUAUAACCUGCCAAGCUGUCUCCACUCGUGAACCUCCUCUCCUGAGAUUAUUACUGGUGCUUUGUUUCUACCGGAGAGUGUGAAGAGAUGGAAAUAUUCACAAUAAAUGCAGUGCACUUUGAAGUUUUAAAGUUCCGAAAAAAUAGGGGUCUGCGGAGGAGGAGUGGCCAAAACUUGUGAAAACCUUUGAAAAGGAAGCCGUGGAUCAUGUGAUCGUCUAUCACCUAAAAUCCCCACUUCUUCAUUAUUUCUUUGGUAACGUUCUUAUCAUAGAAAAGAUGAUGAAGCUUUUGCCCAAUGGAGCUCGUUGUUGUUUGGCUGUAAUGAUGCUCUUCAUGUCGCUUAUUAUUGGUAGGAGCCUCCGCUUGUCGCCUCAUCAUGAUAUUUCUGCCACCUCGAAUGAGAAGGCUGCAGCCUCCACAUAUGAUGAUCAUCAAAUCCAAAACCAUAUGUACCCCAAGGAAAGAGUGAGGGAGGAAUUAGGACUGGAAGUGUACCCAACAGGGUCAAGCUUGCCAGAUUGCUCCCAUGCCUGUGGACCUUGCUUUCCAUGCAAGAGAGUUAUGGUGAGCUUCAAGUGCUCCAUUGCAGAGUCUUGCCCAAUUGUUUACAGAUGCAUGUGCAAAGGCAAAUACUACCAUGUUCCCUCCAAUUAAUUUCACUAUAAAGUUUGUGUGUAUAGUAGAAUGAGUGACUAGUUUUGUUCCCGAGUGUCAUUAGGACUUUUAAUUUUGUUGCUUUUGUAUUCUGCGCUUCUCUAUUAAUUUUAAUUGGUUUUAUUUCACUAAACAAAUUCGCCAAUUAAUCCCCUUGAGUUAUGAGAUACAA